CCGAAGGUAUUUCCAUUUUCAUGUGACUUACUUCCCUUCAACGUAGCAGUUUCAUGGUUUAAGAAUGAGCAUGAUAAUGCCCAAGUCACGCACGUUAGAGAUGAAGUACCUUAUUUUUAUAAUGAAUCAGCGUAAAAGCGUUAAGCCUGCCAACCCAUAAUGCGAAAAUCACAGAGCUAGCUGACAAAACUUCCCUUCAAAUAAUAAAAGCAAGUUAAGACAACGUUCACCGUCCAUAACUCGAGACCAUGCAAGAAAAACACGCCCCUUUGGCUUCUUACAAAAGCAACUUCACGUAAUGAACCCUUAUAUAAUGGCUCCCAAAUGCUACCCUUUUCAAGUCUGUAGCCAAGAUGGGUCUGCAAGCGCAAUCUUCAGCUCUCUUGAUGUUGGUGUUGGUGCUGUUCUUGAUCAGAAUAGAGGGAAACCCAAUACCAAAAGAAGUGCAUGAAAAUGGCAUUGACUCCACAACAUUGGUGGAGAAUGAUGUUAACCAAAUCACUGGAUGUACUCUAAGACCAUCGAUUUGUAGCAGAGGAGAGCUUUUUCCGAGGUUUUUGUGCUGUAAUGACCGUUGUGUGGAUGUGACUUCAGACAACGAUAACUGUGGGGUAUGUAAUUUUAGGUGCCCCUUCAAUCGUCAAUGCUGCGGCCGUUUAUGCGUAAACACAUUAAUCAACAUUUACAACUGUGGUGGGUGUGGAAAUGUGUGCCCUAUUGGAAGGUUAUGCAUAUUUGGAGUAUGUGCCUUUUCACGAGCACUGCCAUUUCCAGUACCACCAUCUCCAGUUCUAGUACCUCCAACACCGGUACCAGUGCCACCAACACCGGUACCAGUGCCAGUGUCACCGCCACCGACACCGGUGCCGCCGGUGCCAGUGUCACCGUCACCGGUGCCGCCGGUGCCAGUGUCACCGUCACCACCACCAGUAUCAGUGUCACCAUCACCAGUGCCAGUGUCACCGUCACCAUCACCAGUAUCAGUGUCACCAUCACCAGUCCCAGUUUCACCAUCUCCAGGACCAGUGUCACCAUCAACAUCACCAAUACCAGUGUCACCGUCACCAUCACCAGUGGCGGUUACACCAUCACCAUCACCGGUGACAGUCCCAAUUUCCCCAUCUCCAGGGCCAGAGAUACCUACAAUGGAUUAACUGUUGUAAUUGAUUGUUAAAUGGGGGUCUCAUGGUUACCCCUUUCUAUAGUUGGAUGUUUGUAUCCUUGUUAUUUAAAAUAAGCAUUUGAGGUUUUCAUCUGCAA